AUGUCAGCGAUUGGCUCACUCAUCUUCUGCACUGACUGUGGAAACCUCCUGCAAGAGAGUACCGGGUCUCCAGAUGCUAUUCUAGUUUGCGAAGCAUGCGGUGCAAAGAACAAAGACAUCCUUCCUCAGACCAUCGUCUCCGAGUCCAAACCAAAUGCCUUCCCUUCAGCCCUACGAGCGAAAAGGUCUGCUCUGCAGACAUUGACUGCCGCAGACCGAACUAUGGAAGCUGUCACCCAAUACACAUGUGCCGAGUGUGGACGAAAAGAGAUGUUCUUUACUACUGCGCAAUUGCGUAGUGCUGACGAGGGAACCACUGUGUUCUAUCGAUGCGUUUGUGGCUACAAGGAAACCGUCAACAAUUAG